AUUGAGUACAGAUACAUAUCUGCACUGUAAAUAAGAAGUAGAUAAUCAUUUUAGAUCAAGUCGGAGUUAGCCCGUCAUUCCUGCCGAUCCUUAAAGAAUCUUACAAUUGCAAAACUGCUUUUUCUGCUAAACGCAGACAUUCUGUCCACAUGUUUAUAAUUAAAGUAGAAUCACCGGAUUGAAGCUUCGAUGAAAACUAGACCAUGAUGUCGUUAGCGCCACGCGGACAUUAAGUGAUCAUCGUGAUCAUCGAAUAGUUUUCUUUACUGAGAGCUGAUUACAAGUUAUGUUUUAUAUUCGCUUAAUUAUUUACUCUCUUUCUUUUUAUAAUUAAGUUUUUUUACAUUUUGUGCAAGAAUGCAAUUCCAAUGUUAUAAAUACUGAUAUUUAAUUACUUAAUAUAUAAUUGGAAGAUAAGUGAAGCAUUUGUAUGUAUAUACAGAUUUAUCAUUGAUGUCGUCAAACUUUCUGAUACAAGAACUUCCCACCAAAGUAUUGUUUAGAAAUGUCAAUGGAAUACAGCUAACGCUAGAACAGAAAGCAAGCUCGAAUCUAUCAAAUGCUAAUAUCAUAAACUUUUCACUGCAAAGCAAAAGACAUUUUGAUGUCAGUUUGUUUUUAGCAUUAGUAUGUAUAAUUCCCUUUAUAUGGGUUAUAUCAGGAAGUUUAAUUUCUCUGAUCAUAUCAUUAUGUAUUUUGAUACUGCAAUGUAAAUCAUUUAUCACUUCCAUCAAAGAAGAUACGUUAUUGGUUGUAGAAUCAGUAGGUAUACAUAUUGAAAGUAAAAGAGGAUUUGGCAUUUUUACAUCGAUAGAAUUUUUGCCAUGGGAUACAGUUGAAGAUAUAUUUAUGAAUGAAGUCAUAAAAGGACAAAAGGUACUUUAUUGUCUUACAUUUAUUGUAAAAGAAUCAGUUGGUAGACAAAAUUCAAUAAGAUUAGUUCCCUUGUUUCAAGAUUUAUUACCUGAAAGAAAAUGCCUGGAAUACAUGUACGAACGCUUAGCCAACUUGAUUGGCUCGACCAAGAGAAAGAAUCUCUGUUAACUAUUCCUGGCUCUUAUUGGUUAUGUCACAAAAAAAAUAUAUACAAGUUUAUCUUUAGAUAUCAUCGUACAAUGAAAAACACCAUGCAAUUUUCGUAUGGGCGAGAAUUACUAAAAAUUAUUAGAAGAAUUAUAAAAUGUAAUCCAACGCAAGGUCAACAAUUUGGCACACAACAUCUUCUUGUUACUUACAAUUGUACAUCUUGGACUCGACAAGAUAAAAUGUUUGCGAUAUUGAAAUUCCAGCAACGAACUAAUGCUGCAGCAUUUUCGCAUGCAUUUGUAUUAACUAUAAAGAUUUACCCAUCGGAACAUUCAUUAUUUGAUUUAAAAUAUCCCAUUGUUAAAGAAGCUGGUGCAGGUUCUACAUUUAAAGAUUUGAAUGUUCCCUUGGAUACUGAAGAGAAAAUUGAUAGUACUAUAACAUCUGCCAUUGAUAAAGUGUCUUCAAGUAAAACAAUAUGUCAAACUAAAAAAAUAGAUCAAAUUUCAAAAUAUAAUAGUGAGAUCAGGUUAAAUGAAACAACAAUAAAUUCUAAUUUUCAAAAUGAUAACAUCAAAGACUCUACAAUCUUCCAUGACAGUACAGAUAAAAAAAUUGAAAGUGCUACGACUAUAACUGAAGCGCAUUUUGAUAAUAGACAAGAUACAGAAUUUUAUAACACUCGAGAAAGUAAAUCUACAAAUUGUAAUUCUGAAAAAUGGGAAAAAAAGAUAGAACAACAUUCUCUUGACAGUGUACAAGAACAACAAUAUAUAAAAGCAAACAAGAUAAAUAUUGAAAUAAAAAAAGAAGAUACAAGUGAGGGGAAAGAAACACAAUCGAUAAUAAUACAGAAACAAGAGUUAGAUGUAUUGGAUAUCCAAAACUAUGAAAUAUUUUCUUCAUUAAAACCUCUUACGGAAAUAAAGAAAGAUAAUGCCAACGAAUCGCUGUUAUCAAAUAAACUCAAUUUUGAUAAAAAAUUAAUAGAAAAAGAUUGCAUUCACACUAUCAAUAACAAAAUUAAUUUAGAUAACAAAGAAAUGAUCAAUAAAGAUAUUGUAAACUCUAGCAAUGUAUUAUACCAACAUGUCAUUGAGAAAGAAAUAGAGACUGCAGAACACAAUUUAACUGUUGAUGAAACAAUACGAAAUAAUCUACAGACCGAGAUAAAGAAUAUAAAUAAAGAUUAUAUUCCAAACAUGAAAAUAAGUAAUAAGUCUGAAUAUACAAAACAGAGAGAUUAUUGUAAUGAAAUAACAGAUAUAAAAUCUAAAGAAAAUGAUAAGCGGCAUACUAACAUUUUAAUGGAUAUAGAUGAUAAACAAUCACAAAAUAAUAUGUAUAAUAAGUUAUAUAAAGCUCGUAAACAGAAAAGUAGGGAAUCCGAAAGAAAAAUCGUACCCGAUAAAGUUAUGCGUUCUUCUAAUAUUACCGAUUUAGUAAUGGAAGGUUUAAUGUUUACUAUACGACAAGAUCAAGAUAGCGUAGCCGUUAUUGAACAAAAGACAAAGUUAGAAAUGGAUGAAGUUUUAGAAAAUUCUGAAAAAGUUGAAACAGAAGCUGGAGGAAAAUGUUUAUUAAAUUCAAGCUUAUUGAGAUUGGAGAAUUUAAUAACAAUGAUCGAUUCUCCACGCAAUAAAGACGACCAACAUAAAAAUCCCCAUGAAAUUAAUGGUGCAAAUUUAUUGCCAUGUAACGUUUUCCCUAGUGAUACUGUAUAUAAUGUAGAUAUUAAUUAUGUAAAAAAUUAUGCAAAAAUGGAUAAAUCAAGUAUUUCUUAUGAUAGAUGUAACGCAAAUCAUUUAAAUCUGUAUCAGUCACAAUGGCAGAAUCAAUGCGUUUCCUCUAGCAUUAAAAAUAAUAAUAAUUGUUUUAGUGAAAUGGAAUGGCAAAAUAAUGACAAUAAGCAAGAUGAAAAAUUUAAAAAUGACAUUGAAAUGAGAAAACAAGAAAAAGGUAUUAUACCUGAAAAAAUAGAUAAAUAUGAUCAAUUGAUGACAUAUUAUAGUCCUUCGCUACCAUAUUCUCCAAGUAACAUAUUUUUAAAUCCAAGUAAGAUGUCUACAAAAAAUAUUUCUAUAACGUCUGAAGAAUCUAGUUUAAUUAAAUUACCUCAACAGAAGACAAAUAUACCAAGAAUAAUUUCAGAUAAGACUAUUACCAUUGAGCAAAUGCCAUCAGCCUUGCAAAAAGUUUUACGACAUAAAACAAACAGAUUUCCCUCAACAAUUUGUAGUGAAGCAUUACAACAUGAACAGAAGGUACAGAAUGUGACAUUAACGGACAGCACAAAUUCCGAAAUAGGUAUCUUAUCAGAAGAAAAAUUUGUAGCUUCCGAUAUAGCUGAUCUAUCGACUACCAAAUUUUCAAUUGAUUCUGAAAAAAUAAAUGAUGAAAGAUCUUGUGUAAUCAAUAAAGAUGCUGCGGAAUCCGACAGAAAUAUACAUGUGAAAAAUUCAACAGGGGAAAAUAAGAUUCCUCACACUUUACAAAGAGAUUUAUCAUCAAAGCAUGGUUUGCCAAGAAAAUUACAGGACAUUACAGAGGAGUUUUAUUACGAUUUGUUACAUAUACAUAACAAAGACAAUGCCAUUCGACAAAAAUGUCUCAGACAAAAACAAAAAUCUUUAAAUAAUCUCGAUAACAUUAAAAAUGGCAAAGUACGCAUAGAAAUGUUAAAAUUCAUUCAGGAUAUUACGGAUGGUGCUAGAGUAGUAGUGACGCGGCUGAAUAUAAACAAUAAAUCCAAUUCAUUAGGAAAAAAUUCUAAUUUAAUUUAAUGUAUACUCAU